AUGAGUUUUCUCAACUCAGUACUGGGUUCCAUCGGCAAGGAUGGUGACAGGACGGGGCAGCCACCUCCGCCUGUACUGCCAAAAAGAAAAGCCGAAGACCCGAUAAGGAGACCACAUGAUAAGUCUUGCAAAGCGACAGGCACAAGUCGUCCAAGUCCAGCUCCCAAUGCAGAUAACCGGCGCUCCGACAACAAAAAUCAAACGGACCGUGAAGCCCCAGAAAACGCACUAGCUAUACCAUAUCGUGGUACCGGCAAGGCGAGUAUCUCGGCUCCAACAAGCCCAGUACCAGCGACUGAUGUUCCUAAACAACACAAAAAAGGUUCUUACAAAGAAAUUAUGGCUCGAGCUCAGGCAGCUUCAUCCCAGCCCAAGCCUGUAGUUGGUGCAAUCAGCCAUAAGCAGAAGAGCAAAACUGAGCUAAGCCAUAAGAGGGAAUUGAAGUUGAAGAAGAAAGAAGUACGAGAUAGAAAGUUUGGAAUUGCCAAAGAAGGGAGUCGACCGACCUCGUCAGAUGGAGGCAAAGGCGAAGGGCAAAUGGGAAAUAAAAGGGUCGGAGGCAAAGUUGCCCAACAGCCUACAUAUAAAGGGACGAUGAAGCCGAAGGUCGAGACUGCGUACAGAGGGACUGCAGGUAGAUUAGCCUCAGCAAAGCGUGAUACAAAGCCUGCUGGUCGUCGAAACGCUAAUGCUUAUGCUGCAACUGAUGAUGAGCUCGAUUCUAUGCAGGAAGAAGAGGAGGACGAUGGUCAUGGCUAUUCUGAGGAAGAAUCAGAUGAUAUGGAGGCGGGAUUCACCGACGUGGAGCUUGAAGAGAAAUCGGCCGAGCGAAUUGCCAAAGUCGAAGACGAGAAGGAGGCAGCUAUGGAAGCCAAGCUCAAGAAGGAAAAGGAGAGGAGAAAGAAUUUGCAAGAGCUGGCGAAGAAGGCAAAGCCUCAGAGGUACUGA